AUGCCUCCUCGAAUAUCAUCCUCCGCAGCAUCUUUCACCUUGCCCUCGACACCCACGAUCCAGACACACUGCAAGUCCUGCUUUCAGCGGUCCUUCUCCUCCAGUCCCUCCCUUUCGCAGACCAAGCUCCGGGAGCAAUUCUGGGCCUGGCUGAACGGGCCCGGUGAAAACUUUCGGUAUCCUUUACCAGCUUCGACGAACUACCUCUCGGCGUACGACCGGCGAGGUAAUCUCCUUCGCGGGAAAGAUCAAGAACAAAAUGUCCAAGGCGAGUCAUCAAAAGAGAAAUCACCGGACGAUCCCAUGACCGCAGACGAAGAAGCUCUAGAAGCCGCCGCAACAGAGACAGACCGACAGGGGCAGGGAUACACGCUGCCCAAGGAGUCGUUAGAUGACUUACGACCUUUCCCUCUCAACAAGAAUUUCGUGAGUCAGAGUAUCCUAUCGGAGGAGCUGAGGAACGAAAUAUGGGAGAGGGUCCAGCAACACGGAAAGUCUGUUAGGCAAGUGAGCAUGGAGAUGGGAGUCGACAUGAGGAGGGUCGCCGCUGUGGUGAGGUUGACCGAGGUCGAGAGGAGAAUGAAGGCCGAGGGAAAGCCACUCGCUAUUCCCUAUGCCCGCGCCGUCCAUGGCAUGGUUCCUCUGACGACCCUCAACCCACACACUCGCCUGCCUUCCGAACCCCACGAAUCGAUAAACGACCUUGAGCAACACCCCCUGACCUUCCCCCAGCUCUUCUACCCGACGUCGGAAUCCCGCGCCUUCAAUCGAACAGACGCCGGCCGUGUCUUCUCCGGCGCACCACGCCUCCCGGACGACCAGGAAACAGCAAUCGCCGAGGGCACACACGAGGCCUGGCGGGACAACAGGACCGAGAUCAUCGGGCGGUUAGGCAGUACCAGACCAGUGCUAAAACCGGCUGAUUCGAGAAUCCCUCACCCUCAUCUCAUCGCGUUCGAGAAAGAUAAGUUGGACCGCAGUCUCACUCCUCUGGAACGCCGAGCGCGCCAUCGCGAGAGGUUACAACGAGACGAAGAGAAGAGACAAGCUCUGAAGGCGCGCCAGAGGGGAGAAGACGAAGCCAAGAAAACGCGGGUUGAUCUCGGAAGAUGGCAACUCGUCGUCACCGAGGUGCAGAGCACGAGGCAAGGUGUGGGUAUCGAUGGACGGGGAAGUGGCAAAGGGGCCGUAGGGCAGAGGUAUGGCGUUCCUAGUCAAGAGAGGAAGAAGGGGAGGGUCAAGAUACCUACGAAGGUGGACGUCUAG